GAACCGAGUGGAAAACCCGUGAAAACACGCGAUGACUGAAGUACAAGGAAAUAAUUGAUUUCUCGAUGCAAAUCGCAACGAAAGAAAGAGUGAUGAACGUGACAGUCAAUAUUUUGGAUUUGUUUUCGGGAAUUUGAUCGCGAACCCGUCUUCCUCAGGCGUUUCAACAUUCUACGGACCACCCUCAUCCUCGGAAUCAUUGUGUCGAUCUGUCGAUUCUAUUUUCGUACGCUGCUUCGCCCGAAAUUUUACGACAACCGCAGUAAAAAAAUGACUGAUAAUUGGGCUCAGGAUGAGAGGGAUUCGAAUGAAAUUAAUUAAGUCAACCAUUUGUCACGUCCCGAUAGAUCGUUGACAUGUCAUGUGUCACCGAACGUCGAACUCGAGACCAACAUGCCUUCUCCGAGGCAGACAGUUUUCCAGUGCCUCAGUGUUUUACACCUGACGCUUCCUCAGAUUUAAAAUGCUUUGCUUCCAAAGGAUUCCUCGAACCCUGUAAAUUUCAAUCUAAUCAAACCAAAGAAUCUCAAGAUUGUCAUGAGCGAACAGAAUUCCCCGAAGAAAAUAAUUCUCUGAGAUCAGAAAGCUUCUUCAGAACAGUAGAGCAACUGCUGAUGUUUCUGCGACACUUGAACGAAAAAUUGCUGCGGUUUAAUAAAUCCUCGAUUCCUAAAAUUACCACACAAAAUUCGAAUCCUGCUGUUGUCGAUUCCCAGGAAAGUUCGCCUAUGCCAAACAUGGAUUUAACGUUAGUAAAUAUUCAUGCGGACACAAGUGGUUUAAUUCCAGAAGACACUUGUGAAAUUUGUAAAAGUAAGACGAGAAGUCCUGGUGAAUAUAAUGUAGUGAAUUUUAACAAGGCUGAUUUUGAGGUUGAGCCAAUUUUGUGUGUUCACUGUGUCAGAAAAGGGGGAAACAGAAUCAUUGCUCCGAAAUUUAUGAGGUCUGAAGAGAGGACGAGAGAAAGCGACACGAGUAUUCCACAAAGUUUUAUAUUCAGCGUGUGUGUUGCUGUUAUUACUUUAAUAGCUAAUUUUUUAGCGGUUAUGUCGAUAAAUAAGAAACCAGAGAAGCUCAAAAGAAACAUUGAAAAUGCUGCUCCUUUGUCAAGGCUUUCGGUGUUGUUCACUGUGCUCUUUAUAUUUCAAAUCUUGCCACUCACCUCUAGUACAGAAGCUCUGGGUAAUCCGUAUGAGAUUUUGGGAGUCACGAGACAUGCCACUCUACAGGAUAUUAGGAAGGCUUAUAAGCUUCUUGUCAAAGCAUGGCAUCCUGAUAAGACUGAUCGUCCGGAAGCUGAGACCAAAUUUGUGGAAAUCACGAAAGCUUAUGAGCUCCUCUCUGAUCCCGAAAGAAGAAAAAAGUUCGAUUAUUAUGGAAUCACAGAAGAAACUCUGUCCAGGUACAGGCAAGACAGUCAAACAAAUAUGCCAGAUCCGCUCGAUGAUUUAUUCACUGGAAAUUUCAAAUUUCGUUAUCAAAGCAGGGACAUUACUCUUUUUCACAAAAUGAGCAUCACAUAUCGAGCAUUUGAGAAGAACAUAAUCCCUAAAAGUUACCGAACUCCGCAUUUACUUCUCUUUUAUUCCGAUUGGUGUUUCGCGUGUUUGCAAGUGGAACCUAUUUGGCGUCGUUUAAUGGACGAGUUGGAGCCACUUGGUGUUGAAUUAUUUACCGUUCACGCUGACAAAGAACUCACCUUAGCUAGAAAACUUGGUGUUCACAAUUUGCCAUGCCUUGUUGUUACUCUAGAAGGCAAAACUAGGAUUUACAAGGAAUCAUUAUUCAGCGUUCAAAAAGUCGUUGAAUUCUUGAGGAAAAUGUUCCCUUUCAAGCUGAUCACGAGUGUCAACAAAGAAAAUUUAGGACAAUUUCUCUCAGGCUGGAUGGACAAUCGAAUUCGGGCUCUGAUAUUCGAGAAGAGGGACAUGGCUCGAUUAAGGUAUAUUCUGGUCGCCUAUCAUCACCGGGAUCGGGUGGCUUUUGGCUUCGUCCAGGUAGGGAAACCAGAAACCAAGGAGAUAACAGCAAAGUACAAAAUCACUGGUGAUUUGGAUUCUUUGUUGUUGUUCAAUGAAAAUAUGGAAAAGCCGAUGGCUUCCAUAAGUAUGAAGGAUAUUCCGAGUGAAACGAUGCACAACGUCGUUGCCAGUAACAAAUUUCUAUCGUUGCCGAGACUUUCGAAUCAGGCAAUGUUGGAUUCUGUUUGCCCGCCGGAAUGGUUAAGACCUCAGAAACGACUCUGUGCCGUCUUGAUUUCUCAAAAUAGUCCUGUUCACGAUUUUGCGAGGUUGAAAUUCCGCCAGGCUGCUCAAGAAUCUCCCUAUAGCACCGAACGAGUGAGGUAUACGUACGUGUUCAAAGAAGCGCAACCAGAAUUCGUCUCGGCUCUUUCGAAUAGUGAAGGCAGCCCUAUGGAUCCUUUAUUGCAUAUUGUAAUAAUUUGGCGGAGAGAUGCUAAUCAUCUAAAGUACGAAUGGUUACAAAAUGGUUGGAUAGACCCCAAUCAGGACGAAUAUCGAUGGAACGAAACUCGAAGAGAUUUGGAAAAAACGAUUCAACGAUUACUACGAUCUUCCGAAGCAUUACCCUAUGCCGCAGAAGUUGAAGAAUUAGCUGAUGAACAUGCACUGGGAACGGUGGAUAGAUUGAUAGGCAGAGCACUGCUGGCAGUGGAUUUCAUUUCUGAAAGCUUUAAAAAGGAAGACUUCUUGCCUGUAAUUUCGGUGGUUUUCACACUAUUGUUCAUUGGAGCUGCGGGCUACGGGAUGUCUUAUUUAGUAAAAUUGGAAGAAGCGAGUGUUGACUCGACACGCGGCCAUUACAGAGGAAAUUCCAAAUCGCUUUCGACGCAACCUCAAUUGAAGUUGCAUGAAUUACGAGCCGAGAAAUAUAAUGCUCUUGUGCGAACAUUGAAACCAGGGUGUCUGACUAUAAUUCUGCUGGUCGAUACUCAAAGUAGAACAAAAUUACUGCCAGCUUUCCACAAAGCUGUGUGGCCUUAUAGGAAAAAUAAAAUGUUGAUGUUUGGUCACUUGAAUUUGGAACGAGGACUCGAAUGGUAUAAGGACCUAUUGUUGAUGAGUCUUCCGGAACCGAGAGAACUGAAGAUCAAUCCGAAAAAUUGUAUUGGGACUGUUUUAUCUCUCAAUGGGUUUCGAAGACAUUUUUGCAUGUAUCAUGCAAAACAUCCCGAGAACGGCAAAGUGAAAGGUUCCAAGCGAAUGGAAAAAAUGACCAAGCGGUUAUCUCGAACUUCAAGCGAUGCUGAGGCAGGAGCCUUCAUUGGAUUUGAUAGUUCCAAUGAGUCUGAAUCGUCACAAGAUGAGACCGAAAGCACUGUUUUAUACCAAGAUAAACUUUUGGAUGGACUACCAAACUGGCUCGAUAGAUUAUUCGAGGGAUCGACGUACCGCUACUACGUGAAUCGUUGGCCAGAUUUCCCUCUUCAGUAAUAGACGGCUUGUCGAAAUUUCGCGAUCAAAUGCCUUUAAAACAAAUAAUUAUAAUUCUAGUCAGCGAAUAACGUGCUAGGAUAAAUCUGCAAAUAGAUGGAUUGAGCCUCGCAUAAAGACACGACGCAGUGAUCACAAUAUUUACCCUAUUAAUUAGUGUUCAUAAAUGUAAUUGCAGUCCUCUCUUUCCGCAUAUUUGACUAAUUUCUUUACACGAGCCGCAGUGUCGAUGCUGAUACCAUGACAAAGUUUAAAAUGGUUUUUGAUUUUGCACUUUGUCGCCGAAGCCUCUCGCUACUUGAGAACAGACUUUCUUUUUAUUUGUGUUCAUCUUGCUAGAGAAGUGUUCGGUGCUGCUAGUCAUUACGUUUAAUAACCCAUAAUUUAAUUACGAUAAAGGAUAUCUUGCCGAAUUCCUAUAAAGCGUGUCAAAGUAUUGGUAAAGGUAAAUUCGACAUUGAAGAGGUCAAAUCAGUUUUAUUGUAUUCUCCUUUUAGAGAUAAGCUACAUGAGAAAUAUGAGCAACAUUCCUUCGUGGAGAUGUUCUUAACUUGUGUGCAAAAAUUUUUAAUGCAUACUGAGCAGCCUUUUAAACCGAUUCGAGGAAAAUCCUUUCUAAAACGAAAAGAGUGAUUGACUUACGUAGAUUUUAUAAAAGGAACUUUGCUUUGCACACGAUUCUGAAACAGAAGUAUUAUCCUGCAGAAAUUGUGUCAGAGAUGUACAUAUAUAUUAAAUACUAGCAUAAAUCUCUCUAAUAAGGCUUCAAGAUUGUAGAAGAGCAUUCAAGACUCGCUUGAUUCGUAAUCAGUAGUUUAAACAUUUUGAAGCGGGGGACAUUUUCUUUGACACAUUACUAUGCAGACGCACUUUGUUAAUUUUUAUAUAGUACAAUAAUUCCUACGACGAAGGCUGUAGCGUUUAUUAUCAUAGAGUCACUCAAUUCACAGUCAUAAAUUUUAGUCAUAAAAUUUAUCAUAAAAAUUUAGUCAUAAAAUUUAGUCAUUCGAUUUCAGAGUCAUUGAAUCUCAUUAAAUUCAUAAGCAUUUUCAACUACGAUCGCCUUUUGAAACUAUGUAAUAUUCGGCUCGAACCUGAAUUUGUUACAAUCAAUUAUGUAUAUUAAUAACGAGUAUUCGGUAAUGAAGCUACGACGCCAUAAAAAUUGCAAUCCUAUAUUAGGAUGGGUCGAAAAAAAUUAGAAAUCAAAAACAGUUUGGCAGUAAAAAGUUUGGUUACAAGUUCCUUGUAAUCUAUGUGAAAUUUCAAAUAGAUCGAUUAAUAUAAUGAAGUUCCUUAUGGCUAAAAUAAAAUGAAGAAAUUCGUAAUUCCCAGAGUUUUGCAAAAACCGCAGAUUUGAGCAAUUAAAAUGGCCAAACCUCGAAUAAUUGCUUCUUCAAUUACGUAAUUCUUACAAAUUUGUUUUCAAUAUAUAUUUUGAUCCCGAGAAAUUACCUACAUUUAAAAAAAAAAUUAGGAUAGUUUGCAAAGCUUUUAAAAAUAAUUUAAGUUUUUCUAAGUUUACAAAAACGAGAUUUUGUCCUAGAAGAACUAAAAAUAUUCAAUUAUUACAAGAUUAAACACAAAUGGACUAUUAUGUAGGUUACGAAAAAAAGCAAACUGUUUUUGCAUAGUUCUUAGAAUUACGAAUUGUUUAAUCCUCAUUUAAGUCAGUAUCUGGCAAUUUUAAUUCCUAAAAUCUUAUCAUUUUUUUUCAAGUGAACUUCAUCACUUGAUUCUAAACUAGACUAGGCUGUUUUUUAUUUAAAUUUUUUUUCUUUUCGACCCACCCUAUUCUAUAUAUCGAUUAUAGAGUUUCGAACAAUCUUUCGAGUAGAAGAAAAAGUAAACACUUUUGAUUCCAUUUGUACUUCACUUUUUUUCAAUUCGAAACCAGUAUGAUUAAUCUACCGAUUGCGAUUAGGAUACUCCUAUAAAUCCAGGGUGGCCGAUGGACCGAGAAAUUUUGUUUUCAACCGUUUUUAAAAAUAAGUAGUUAAAUUGUUAUUUUUUUCAUUUAUGAUUUAAUUCAUUUCAUAAUGCGUAAUUCGAAAAUUUUUUACU